AUGAGUACAACCAACUCAGAAGAUUUAUUUAUUUGUGGUAAAUGUCAUGCCAAUUUUACUGAUUUAAAUAUUUUUCUUACUCAUCGAUCGAUUUGUGUUAGUGAACAAAGAACAAAUUUAUGCCCUAUAACUAGUUGCCCAUUAUCAACUUUAGUUUCUGGAGAAUUAGAAACAUUUAUUGAUGAUAUUUCACCAAAUUUACCUUCAACAUCAGACUCAUUGUAUGAAUCAAAUCCAUCAGGAACAGAAAUUGAUUUACUAUCUCCAACGUCUGUCGAACAAGUUAUUACUAGUAAUGAAACAGUCGAUAGAAACAUUUCUGAUUCAAUCAACUAUUCAUCUAUUGAAAAUGGAAUGUCUGAAAUGAAUAUACUUGAAUGUCCAGUAUGUGAUGAACAAUUUGAGGCACCAACUGUUUUAGAAAAUCAUGUUUUUGAACAUUCAACUUGGAUUCCUAAAGAUAACAACACCAGUACAAAAUCUGGUCUUUCUAUUAACUAUGCAUCAUCCAGUUAUAACGAUGUUAUCGACGGAUCACUUGAAUGUAAACAAUGUGCAGUCACAUUUGAUUCAAAUGCGUCAUUAAGUAUUCAUAAAAAAAUGUUUCAUGGUCUUAAUCCAGUAUUCCGUUGUUCAAAUGAAACUUGUUCUCAAGUAUUUGAAAAACCUGUUGAUUAUAUUCUUCAUGCUCGAAUUCAUAGUCAAAAACGUCUUACUGAUUCUCGACAUUUAUCUCAAAAUAAUACUUAUCAUCGUCGUCUUAGACGUAUAUAUCGAUGUAAAAUAUGUAAAAAAUUGUUUCAGACAUCUGAUCAAUUACAAUAUCAUAUGCAAUAUGAAACACAUACAUUUCUCUGUCAAUUAUGUCCAGCUGAGUUUGAAUCAAGUAAUUCUUAUCAUAACCACUUAGCUAAACACUCUAAUUUAGCUCUAUAUCAUUGUACAAUAUGUACUAAAGCAUUUCAAAAGCGAGCUGAUUUAUCCGGACAUAUUAUUGCUGAACAUAAUAAAGAUGUACCUCAACAAAAAACUUGCUCAAUUUGUAAAUUAACAUUCACAACACGUUUUCAUUUAAAUCGACACAAUGUAACAAAACAUUCCAAUAUAAAACCAUUUAAAUGUAAACAAGAUGGUUGUGAGCAAGCAUUUGCUCGUAAAGAUAAAUUAAAACAACAUGAAGCUAAACAUAGUGUAUCAGACAGAACGUAUAAAUGUGAUGCUUGUACUAAAACAUUUAUUCGACCUGAACAUUUACGAGAUCAUAAUAUUGCAAGACAUUCACAUCAAUAUCCAUUUAGUUGUGAAUACUGUCGGAAAGGUUUUCUUUAUCAAAAUCAAUUAUAUGAUCAUCAUAAACAAUAUCAUUCAUAUGGAAAUCAAACGAGAAAUGAAAAAUCAACAUACGAUCGAGAUCAAUCUAGCAGCGAUCAAACAGAUAUAUUCUUACAAACACAAUAA